UAAAAGUGUCUCAUGAUGGACACUGAAGAGUAUGACGAUGACUAUGAUGAAGAAGUGGAGGAGCCUGGGCCUACUGGACUUCCUGCACGUAAGGUCAGGAAGAGGGCGAAGGUUGACACUUCUAAAUUCAUGACCCCGUACCUGGAACACAGUCAGAAGAUGCUUGACCAGUACAGCCAUAACAAGUACAGGGAGAAUUAUGAGAAGAGCAAGGGUCAACCUUAUUACAUUACCCCUGACACACCUGAGAUUAUGCAAAUCAAGAAGGCUCAGGAUCAGCUCAGUGAGGUGAAAUAUCGUAUGGAAGGCCUGAAGGCUAAGACCGGCAGUUUGUAUGAUGGUGAGGCUCGUGAAAUCGCACAUGUGAAGAAAGUCUCCGAUCUUGUCAGCAAAGUCUUGUACAGACAGAAAUGGGACGAGACUAAGGACAGAUACUUACUGCCUCCUGAUGCGCCCGAGUUGGUAUUGGCAGUGAAAAAUGCUGCAAAUAUGAGCAAGAAACAGUACACAGAAGAUUGGGAUGUGGAUAAGACCAUGUACUACCCAUACAGUGACAGUCCGGAGCUCCGCCGAGUGGCAAAGGCACAGGAAGUCCUCAGUGAUAUUAAAUAUAAGAAAGGUCAUGAUGAGCGCAAAGCAAAGUACACAUCCUUGCCUGAUCCCCCAGAAGUGGAACUGGCCAAGAGAAACUUUGCCAAUCGGAGUAAUCUUGUCUAUCAUGACCACUAUAACAAGAAUGUCAAAGGCCAGUGGUGUGAAACUCCUUAUUUUGACAUUGCAGUUGGCAGGAUGGCCAUGGAUAACUUAAGUGAAAAAAAAUAUACUGCUGCUUUUGAAGAAAUGAAAGACCAAAUUUAUUUCAUGCAAACCGAAACACCAACAUACGCUACAAACAAAAUGGCUGGUGACACUGCAAGCUCGGUCAAAUACAAGAAACAGUACGAAAAGACAAAAUCAGAGUCGGAUUACAACGUUCUCCCAGCUACAGAAAACCCCCUCCUCAGACAACUGAGAUACGCUGGCAACAUUUUGAGCGAUAAAGUGUAUAAAGCAAACUAUGAAAAAUCAAGAGGAUUCAGCAUUAAUUACUGUGACACCCCAAAAUUUAAGAUGGAUAAUGUGCUGAAGAAGUUUAGUGAUGCGCACUAUAAGGACAAGUAUGACAAUGAGAUAAAGGGCCAUUAUAUUGGCAGUUAUGAAGAUGUAAACACGCUUCACUGCCAAAGGGUGGAAGAGAUGAAGAGUGAUAAAAAUUAUAAAUCUGAUUAUGAGGAUAUGAAGGCACGGUGCUACUUCCCUCAAACUAUCACACCUGAAUAUGACGCCAUGAAAAAAGUGGAACAAUGUAAAGAUAAAGCAUAUCGCCAACACCCAGACACAGUAAAGUUCACACAAGUAACAGACUCGCCUGUCCAAGUACAAGCAGUCAUCAACGCCAAACAGCUGAGUGAUCUGAACUACAAGGCAGAGUAUGAAAAAGAGAAGUUUAAAUGUUACCUACCUCCCGAUUACCCCUUCUUCAUUCAAUCCAGAGUCAACGCGUAUAACCUAAGUGACACUUGUUACAAGUUCGAAUGGGAAAAGACAAAAGCAAAAAAAUUUGAGGUGAAGGGUGAUGCUAUCCCCAUCCUCGCAGCCCGCGCCCACACCAAUAUUGUCAGUGAUGUAAAAUACAAGAAGGAUUAUGAAAAGACCAAAGGGCACAUGGUUGGUGCCCUUAGCAUCAAUGAUGAUCCAAAGAUCAUGCAUUCAGUUCAUGUUGCUAAGAUCCAAAGUGAGCGUGAAUAUAAAAAGGAUUAUGAGAAGAUGAAGACAAAGUAUCAUACUCCACUGGACAUGAUGCUUGUUACACUAGCAAAGAAGUCUCAGGGCAUUGCUAGCAUGACUGGCUACAGGAAUAUUAUCAAUCGCUACUUCUUGCCAUAUGACAGCAUAGCACUAGAGCAGGCAAAGAAAGCCAACACGCUCCAGAGUGAUAAUGACUACAAGUCAGAGUACAACAACUACACUAAAGGAACUCCCUGGAUACCUUACGGAUCACUGGAUGUUGAGAAGGCGAAGAAAGCAGGAGAGAUCCUGAGUGAGAAAAAGUACAGGCAGGCCCCUGAUACUGUGCCGUUUACUUCUAUUGAUGACCACCCCAUCAUGCUGCAAUCUAAGCUCAAUCAGCAACUCAGGAGUGAUCUUCACUACAAGAAAGGGCUUGAGGAAAUCCAUCAAAAAUACUCCCUCCCUCCUGAUGUUCCAGGGUUCAUCCAGGCCAAGUGUAACGCCUACAACAUCAGCAAUAAAUAUUACAAGCUUGGCUUUGAAGACCUUAUUUCAAAGGGUUAUGACUUGAAGGCUGACGCUAUUCCUAUUCGUGCAGCUAAGGCAGCAAGACUGGCAGUCAGUGAUGUCCAAUACAAGAAAGACUUCAACAAGGCAAGGGGUCAUCAUGUUGGCUUUCGCAAUCUUCAGGAUGACCCACUACUAGUUCACUACAUGCACGUGGCUAAAAUGCAAAGUGACAAAAACUACAAGAAAGACUACCACAAGGCCAAGCUGAAGUACCACACCCCUGUGGAUAUGUGGAGUGUCGCCCAGGCUAAACAUUCAUCUGCAGUUCAGACAUACACAGGCUACAAACAGCCGAUCCAUCGCUACACGCUUCUACCUGAUGCUAUGCCACUGGAGCUGGCUCGCACUAUGAACAGCAUUUCUAGUGAUGUCAACUAUAAAUCAGACUAUGAAGCCUCUGUGAAAGGUACUGGAUGGAUCCCCAUUGGCUCAUUGGAUGUAGAGAAAGCUAAGGCUGCAGGCAAAGCUCUUGAUGAAAAGAAGUAUAGGCAGCAUCCAGACACCAUCAAGUUCACCAGCGUCACCGACAGUCCUGUUAUGGAGCAAGCGAAGCUGAAUGCACAGCAGCUAAGUGAUAGGCUGUACAAAGCCAGUGGAGAGAAGUUCAUGCACACAUACCAUCUUCCACCUGAUGCACCUGGGUUUCUGCAAGCUAAAUACAAUGCUGUCAAUAUCAGCGAUACAUACUACACGUAUGCACACAAGCAAGAUAUUUUGAAAGGUCACCAGAUGAAGCAGGAUGCUAUUCCAGUCGUUGCUGCCAAGGCCUCUAGAGAUAUUGCCAGUGAUUACAAGUACAAACUAGCAUACCAGAAGGCCAGAGGUCACCACGUUGGCACCCGUAGCCUUCAAGAUGACCCUCUGCUGGUGCAUUACAUGCAAGUGGCAAAAAUGCAAAGUGACAAAAACUACAAGAAAGACUACAACAAGGCCAAGCUGAAGUACCACACCCCUGUGGAUAUGUGGAGUGUCGCCCAGGCUAAACAUUCAUCUGCAGUUCAGACGUAUACAGGCUACAAACAGCCGAUCCAUCGCUACACGCUUCUACCUGAUGCCAUGCAUAUUGACCUCGCUCGCAACAUGAUGGAAAUUCAGAGUGAUAAUGCCUACAAGUCAGAGUACAAUAAUAUCUACAAGGGAUCAGGAUGGGUUCCGAUCGGCUCUCUUGAUGUUGAAAAAGCUAAAACCGCCAAAGCUGCUCUGGAUGAAAAGAACUACAGAGUUCAUCCAAGCAGUUUGAAGUUUACCAGCCUGACAGACCAAAUGAACAUGGCUUUAGCCAUGAAUAACACCAAGCAGAUGCAUCCUUUUGCUUAUAAGGCUUCUGGAGAGAAGUACAUGCACACCUACCACCUUCCACCAGACGCGCCACAGUUUAUGCAGGCCAAAUAUAACGCUCAGACUAUUAGCGAGUCACAUUACAAAUCUCAGUGGCUUGUAGACAUUGCCAAAGGAUACGACAUGAAGGCUGAUGCUAUUCCUAUAGUUGCUGCUAAACAAGGAAGGCGUAUUGCUAGCAAUUUCCAGUACAAGAAAGAUUAUGAAAAGGCACGAGGUCACCACGUUGGCUUCCGUAGCCUUCAAGAUGACCCACUACUGGUUCACUACAUGCAAGUGGCUAAAAUGCAAAGUGACAAAAACUACAAGAAAGACUACCACAAGGCCAAGCUGAAGUACCACACCCCUGUGGAUAUGUGGAGUGUCGCCCAGGCUAAACAUUCAUCUGCAGUUCAGACGUAUACAGGCUACAAACAGCCGAUCCAUCACUACACACUUCUACCUGAUGCCAUGCCACUGGAGCUGGCUCGCAACAUGAAUGUCAAUUCCAGUGAUGUUGAGUACAAGACUGAUUACAACAGCACUAUGAAAGGUCUGGGAUGGGUUCCUAUCGGCUCCCUAGCGGUUGAGACUGCCAAGCUUGGUGGACAAAUACAGAGUGAAAAGAAGUACCGUACUCAUCCCUCUAAAUACACCUUCCACAAGCACAUGGAUUCCAUGGAUCUGGCGUUGGCUACUGCCAACAACCAGAUUAUGAACAAGCAAGCAUAUACUUCUGCAUGGGAGAAAGACAAACUCAAAGUCCAUGUAAUGCCUGACAGCCCUCAAUUUGUUCUUGCCAAGGCCAAUGCCAUCAAUGUGAGCGAGAAACUCUAUAAAGCUGGCCUUGUGGAAAUGAAUAAGAAGGGUUAUGACCUUAAAGCAGAUGCUAUUUCAAUUGUGGCUGCCAAAUCUGGCAGGGACAAAGCCAGCAAUUACAAGUACAAACUAGCAUUUGAGAAGGCCAAAGGUCACCAUGUUGGCUUCCGUAGUCUCCAGGAUGACCCUCUGCUGGUGCACUACAUGCAAGUGGCUAAAAUUCAGAGUGACAGGAACUACAAGAAGGACUAUCACAAGUCUAAGCUAAAGUACCACACCCCUGUGGACAUGUGGAGUGUUAUACAAGCUAAGCAAGCUUCUAAAGCUCAAACAUGGAUUGGCUAUAAGCAGCUCUUUCAUCACUACACAUUGCUUCCUGAUGCCAUGAACCUGGAGUUAGCUCGCUCCAUGAAUUCUAGUUCCAGUGAUGUUGAGUACAAGAAUGAUUACAACACAUAUAUGAAAGGUCUUGGAUGGGUGCCUAUUGGCUCAUUAGGAGUGGAGACAGCAAAAAUUGGAGGGCGGAUACUCAGUGAAAAGAGUUACCGGACUCAUCCAUCUAAAUACACUUUCCACAAGCACAUGGAUUCCAUGGACCUGGCAUUAGCUGCUGCCAACAACCAGAUCAUGAAUAAGCAAGCGUAUACAGCUGCUUGGGAUACAGACAAGACUAAGGUCCACAUUAUGCCUGACAGCCCAGACAUUCUUCUGGCAAAAGCAAAUGCAGUAACUAUUAGUCAGAAAGCCUACAAAGCUGGAAUGGAAGCUGCAAAGAAAAAGGGUUAUGACCUCAGGGUGGAUGCUAUACCUUUAGUUGCAGCCAAAGCUUCAACACGCAUUGCUAGUGAUUACAAAUAUAAGCUGGAUUAUCAGAAGGCCAGGGGCCACCAUAUUGGCACCCGUAGUCUUCAGGACGACCCGCUCUUGGUGCACUACAUGCAAGUGGCCAAACUGCAGAGUGACAAGAACUACAAGAAGGACUAUCACAAGGCUAAGCUGAAGUUCCACUCUCCUGUGGACAUGUGGAGUGUUGUAUCUGCUAAGCAGGCUUCUGCUGUGCAAACCUAUGCCGGAUAUAAACAGCACAUUGCUCGUUACACAGUACUGCCAGAUGCCAUGAACCUAGAGUUGGCUCGCAACAUGCAGGCGAUUGCUAGUGAUAAUGUGUAUAAGAGUGAAUACAACAACUACAUGAAAGGAAUGGGAUGGAUUCCCAUUGGGUCAUUGGAUGUGGAGAAAGCCAAAACAGCAAGUCGGAUAGGUAGUGAAAAACUUUAUCGUACACACCCGAGCAAAUACAAGUUCACCAAGGAUAUGUUCUCCAUGGACCUGACCCUGGCUGCAACCAACAAUCAAAUUAUGAACAAGAAAAGCUACAUUCAGGCCUGGGAGAAUGACAAAACAUCAAUCCAUAUUAUGCCAGAUGCAAUGAAUGUCACUCUUGCACGUCAGAAUAAAGCCAACUACAGUGAGAAACUGUACAAACUUGCCAAUGAACUGGCAAAGAAGAAAGGCUAUGACAUGCGCAAUGAUGCUAUUUCAAUUCGAGCAGCCAAGGCAUCCACAGCUAUUGCUAGUGAUUACAAGUACAAAACUGGAUAUCGUAAGCAAGUUGGCCACCAUGUAGGAGCUCGAAGCAUUCAGGAUGACCCACUGCUUAUGCUGGCUUUGAAUUCUGCUAAGAUUGCUAGUGAUGCCCUGUACAAGAAAGACUUCAACAUGUCUAAGACCAAAUUCCACCUUCCAGUGGACAUGCUGUCAUUUCAACUGGCCAAAAAGAACCAGAUUCAAGUCAACGAUGCCAACUACAGAACUUACCUGCACAACUGGACCUGCCUGCCAGACUCCAGUGAUGUUGUACACGCUAGACAAGUCUAUGACCUCCAGAGUGAUGCUGUGUAUAAGGCAGAUCUGAAAUGGCUUCAAGGCCUGGGAUGGAUACCAAUUGGUUCACUUGAUGUUGAGAAAGCUAAGAAAGCUGGAGACGCUUUGAGUGAAAGAAAGUAUCGUCAGCACCCAAGCAACUUCAGGUUCACAAGCACUACUGAAGACAUGCCAAUGGCUCUGGCCAAAGCCAAUAACAGUAUCAUGAACAAGAAAACUUAUGUCGAAAAUUGGGAGAAUGAUAAGACCAAGAUCCACAUCAUGCCUGAUGCAAUGGAUGUAAUCCUUGCAAAACAGAAUAAAGUAAAUUACAGUGAGAAACAAUACAGACUUGCCAAUGAACUGGCCAAGAAAAAAGGCUAUGACCUGCGCAGCGAUGCCAUCUCUAUUAUUGCUGCUAGAACCUCCAGGGACAUUGCUAGUGAUUACAAGUACAAAACUGGAUAUCGUAAGCAAGUUGGCCACCACAUUGGAGCUCGGAGCGUCCAGGAUGACCCACUGCUCAUGCUGGCUUUGAACUCAGCUAAGAUUGCUAGUGAUGCCCUGUACAAGAAAGACUUCAACAUGUCUAAAACCAAAUUCAACCUUCCAGUGGACAUGCUGUCAUUUGAACUGGCCAAGAAAAACCAGAUCCAGGUCAAUGAUACCAACUACAGAACUUACCUGCACAACUGGACCUGCCUGCCAGACUCCACUGAUGUUGUAAAGGCCAGACAAGUCUAUGACCUCCAGAGUGAUGUUAUCUAUAAGGCAGAUCUGAAAUGGCUGAAAGGCCUGGGAUGGAUUCCAAUUGGUUCACUUGAUGUUGAGAAAGCAAAAAAAGCUGGAGAUGCUUUGAGUGAAAGAAAGUAUCGUCAGCACCCAAGCAACUUCAGGUUCACAAGCACUACUGAAGACAUGCCAAUGGCUCUGGCCAAAGCUAAUAAUAGUAUCAUGAACAAGCGGUUAUAUAUCAAAGCAUGGGAGAAUGAUAAAACCAAGAUCCAUGUCAUGCCAGACGCAAUAGAGGUUCUCCAUGCAAAACAGAACAAGGUCAACUAUAGUGAGAAACUGUACAAACUUGCCAAUGAAGAGGCUAAGAAGAAGGGUUAUGAUUUGCGAAAUGAUGCCAUUUCUAUCAAAGCAGCAAAAGCCUCUAGAGACAUCGUCAGUGAUUACAAGUACAAAGCUGGAUAUCGUAAGCAAGUUGGCCACCACAUUGGAGCUCUUAGUGUCCAGGAUGACCCACUGCUCAUGCUGGCUUUGAAUUCUGCUAAGAUUGCCAGUGAUGCCCUGUACAAAAAAGACUUCAACAUGUCUAAGACCAAAUUCCACCUUCCAGUGGACAUGCUGUCAUUUGAACUGGCCAAAAAGAACCAGAUCCAGGUCAAUGAUGCCAACUACAGAACUUAUCUGCACAACUGGACCUGCCUGCCAGACUCCAACGAUGUUGUACAGGCCAGACAAGUCUAUGACCUCCAGAGUGAUGCUGUGUAUAAGGCAGAUCUGAAAUGGCUGAAGGGCAUUGGAUGGAUCCCGAUUGGUUCACUUGAUGUUGAGAAAGCUAAGAAAGCUGGAGACGCUUUGAGUGAAAGAAAGUAUCGUCAGCACCCAAGCAACUUCAAGUUCACAAGCACUACUGAAGACAUGCCAAUGGCUCUGGCCAAAGCCAAUAACAGUAUCAUGAACAAGAAAAAUUACAUUGCAGCAUGGGAGAGUGAUAAGACCAAGAUUCACAUUAUGCCAGAUGCAAUCGAUGUGCUCCUAGCAAAACAGAAUAAACUAAACUACAGCCUGAAACUAUACAAACUUGCCAAUGAAGAGGCAAAGAAGAAGGGCUAUGACAUGCGCAAUGAUGCUAUUUCGAUUAAAGCUGCUAAGGCAUCCAGAGAUAUCAUCAGUGAUUACAAGUACAAAACUGGAUAUCGUCAGCAAGUCGGGCACCAUAUUGGAGCGCGCUGUGUUCAGGAUGACCCACUGCUCAUGUUGGCCAUAAACUCUGCUAAGAUUGCUAGUGAUGUCCUGUACAAAAAAGACUUCAACAAGUCCAAGACUAAGUUCCAUCUUCCAGUGGACAUGUUAUCACUUGAACUUGCCAAGAAAUGCCAGAUUCAGGUCAAUGACUUUAACUACAGAAAUUACCUGCACAACUGGACCUGCCUGCCAGACUCCAAUGACGUUGUCCAGGCCAGACAAGUCUAUGACCUCCAGAGUGAUGUUGCGUAUAAGGCAGACCUAAAAUGGCUACAAGGCAUUGGAUGGAUUCCUAUUGGUUCACUUGAUGUUGAGAAAGUGAAGAAAGCUGGAGAGGCUUUAAGUGAAAGAAAGUAUCGUCAGCACCCCAGCAACUUCAAGUUUACAAGCACAACUGAAGACAUACCAAUGGCUCUGGCCAAAGCCAAUGCUAUUACGGGCAAUAAGAAGCUUUACACUGAGGCCUGGGAUAAGGAAAAGACCAAGAUCCAUGUUAUGCCUGAUGCCAUGGACGUUUUGCUGGCAAAACAAAACAAUAUCAAUUACAGUCAGAAAAGAUACAAACUUGCCAAUGAAGAAUCUAAGAAGGAUGGUUAUGACCUGCGUAGUGAUGCUAUUGCUAUCAAAGCUGCCAAAGCAUCAAGAGACAUCAUCAGUGAUUACAAGUACAAAACUGGAUAUCGUCAACAAGUCGGCCACCAUAUUGGAGCUCGCUGUGUCCAGGAUGACCCACUGCUCAUGCUGGCAAUAAAUUCUGCUAAGAUUGCUAGUGAUGUCCUGUACAAAAAAGACUUUAACAAGUCCAAGACCAAGUUUCAUCUUCCAGUGGACAUGUUAUCACUUGAACUUGCCAAGAAAUGCCAGAUUCAGGUCAAUGACUUUAACUACAGAAAUUACCUGCACAACUGGACCUGCCUGCCAGACUCCAAUGACGUUGUCCAGGCCAGAAAGGUCUAUGAUCUUCGUAGUGAUGCUGUGUACAAAGCAGACCUUGAGGACCUGAAGGGUGUUGGAUGGGUUCCUAUUGGUUCAUUGGAUGUUGUGAAAGCAAAGAAAGCAGGAGAGAUUCUCAAUGAUCGCCUUUACAGACAGAAACCUGACACAUUUAAAUACACACAAGACAUGCAAUCUAUGCCCUUGGUUCUGGCAAAGACAAACGCUGAUAUUAUGAACCAGCGGCAAUAUAUUUCAGCCUGGGAGGCUGAUAAGGUCAAGAUCCAUGUUAACCCAGACACCCCAGAAAUUCUGCUCUCAAAGGCCAAUGCUAUUAUCAACAGCAGAAAACUUUACAGGCAAGGAGUGGAGGACGGCUUCAGGAAAGGCUAUGACCUUAAAUCUGACGCAGUUGCCAUCAGAGCGGCCAAAGCAUCCAGAGACAUUGCUAGUGAUUACAAAUACAAAACUGGUUAUCGUCAGCAAGUUGGCCAUCAUAUUGGAGCGCGCUGUGUCCAGGAUGACCCACUGAUCAUGCUAGCCAUAAACUCUGCUAAGAUUGCUAGUGAUGCACUAUACAAGAAAGACUUCAAUAAGUCAAAGACCAAAUUCCACCUUCCAGUGGACAUGUUAUCACUUGAACUUGCCAAGAAAUGCCAGACCCAGGUCAAUGACUUUAACUACAGGACUUACCUGCACAACUGGACCUGCCUGCCAGACUCCAAUGAUGUUGUCCAGGCCAGAAAGGUCUAUGACCUGCGCUGUGAUGCUGUUUACAAAGCGGAUAUGGAAUGGAUUAAAGGCACAGGCUGGAUUCCAAUAGGAUCUCUUGAUGUAGAAAAGGCCAAAAAAGCUGGCGAAAUCCUGAGUGAGAGAAAAUACCGUCAGCACCCAAGCAACUUCAAGUUUACUAGCACAACAGACUCUAUGCCAAUAGCUCUUGCCCAAGCCAAUGCUAAGGUCAUGAAUCAGAGAGCUUAUGUUGAAGCCUGGAAUAAAGAUAAGCUCAGCAUACACAUCAUGCCAGACACUCCAGAGAUCAUUCUUAGCAGGCAGAACAAACUCAACAACAGCUCUAAAUAUUAUCGUCAAGAUUAUGUUGACAGUCUACUGAAAGGCUAUUACCUGCCAAAAGAUGCUGUUGCAGUCAAAGCUGCCAAGGCCUCCAGAGACAUCAUCAGUGAUUACAAGUACAAAGCCGGCUACAGGCAGCAGCAAGGACAUCACAUUGGAGCGCGCUGUGUUCAGGAUGACCCACUGAUCAUGCUGGCCAUAAACUCUGCUAAGAUCGCUAGUGAUGCCCUGUACAAAAAGGACUUCAACAAGUCCAAGACUAAAUUUAACCUCCCAGUGGACAUGCUGUCUCUUGAGCACGCUAAGAAAUGCCAGAUUCAGGUCAACGACUUUAACUACAGAAAUCUUCUGCAUAACUGGACCUGCCUGCCAGACUCCAAUGACGUUGUCCAGGCCAGGAAGGUCUAUGAUCUGCGCAGUGAUGCUGUAUAUAAGGCUGACCUAGAGUGGAUCCGCGGAUGUGGAUGGAUGCCACAAGGUUCUCUUGAGGUUAUUAAAGUACAGAAUGCCCAGAAGAUCCUCAACGAUAACCUAUAUAAACAGCAUCCAAGCACAAUUCCAUUCACCAGCCCAGUAGACUUGCCUGCUAUUGUCCUGGCCAAACAAAAUGCUGAUAUCCUCAGCAAUAGGAAAUAUACAGAGGCAUGGGACAAAGACAAAACUACCAUUCACAUCCAGCCAGACACACCAGCAAUUGUACUAUCUAAGGCCAAUGCUAUUGCAGUUAGCAAUAGAUUGUAUACCAAAGACUGGGAUUCACAGAAGGCAAAAGCAUACCAGAUCAAACAGGAUGCUGUUGCUGUAUUAAAGGCUAAAGCUUCUAGAGACAUUGCUAGUGAUUACAAGUACAAGACUGGAUAUCGUCAGCAACUUGGCCACCAUAUUGGAGCUCGCUGUGUCCAGGAUGACCCAUUGACCGUGCUGGCCUUAAACUCUGGUAAAAUUGCCAGUGAUGUCCUGUACAAAAAGGACUUCCACAAGUUCAAAACAAAAUACCACCUUCCUGCAGACAUGUUGUCUCUUGAGCUUGCCAAGAAAUGCCAGAACCAGGUCAAUGAUGUUAUCUACAGGAAUUAUCUGCACAACUGGACCUGCCUACCAGACUCCAAUGACGUUACCCAGGCCAGGAAGGUCUAUGAUUUGCGCAGUGAUGUGGUGUAUAGGUCUGAUUUAGAGUGGUUGAAAGGAUGUGGCUGGAGCCCUCAUGAAUCUCUGGAGGUCAACAAGGUGAAGAAUGCCCAACAUAUUCUGGCAGAUAGAGGCUACCGUGUAAAGUUAGAUGAACAGAAGUACACUACUCCCGUCGACAGAGUUGAUUUCGUUUGUGCCAAGAAUGCAGCAAACGUGCUCAAUGAGGCAAGCUAUCGUGAGGCCUGGCACAAUGAUAAGGUCAAAUACCAUAUGUUGGACACCCCACUUCUAGCCACAGCCAGGGAGGUGGCCAAGCAUAUACAUCCACACCUCUACACAAAGGCCUGGGAGAUGACAAAAGCUAAAUCAUAUUUCAUGCCUGGAGAUGCUGUCCCUAUUAAGCAAUGCAUGACCACCACCAAAGUCCAGAGUAAUUAUAAAUACAAAGAGGGAUAUCGUAGGCAAGUUGGUCACCAUAUUGGAGCACGUUGUGUCCAGGAUGACCCUCUGAUCAUGCUGGCCAUAAACUCUGCUAGGAUCGCUAGUGAUGCCCUGUAUAAAAAGGACUUCAAUAAAUCAAAGACCAAAUUUAAUCUUCCUGUAGACAUGUUGGCCUUUGAAUUAGCAAAGAAGUGUCAGAUACAGGUCAACGAUGAUAACUACAGAACAUACCUGCACAGCUGGACCUGCAUGCCUGAUCAGAAUGAUGUCAUUCACGCCCGCAAAGCUUAUGAUCUUGCCAGUGAUAAUAUCUACAAGGCAGAUCUGGAAUGGAUCCGUGGCUGUGGAUGGGUGGCAGCUGACUCUGUUGAUCAUGUCAAAGUCAGAAAAGCCCAGGAGAUUCUUAAUGAUAGAAUGUACAAGAAAGAUGCCACAGAUAACUUUGCCAAGUUCACAAAUAUUGUGGAUCGACCUGAAGUUCUCUUGGCCAAAGUUAAUGCCAUGAAUCUCAGUGAUCUGAAAUACAAAGAAUCCUUCAACCUGGAGAAGGGUCAUUACAUUGGAUCUGAAGAUACACCACAGCUGGCACACUCCAGAGAGGUUGCGAAGAACAUCAGUGAGAAACUGUACAGACUUGGCUGGGAUGAAGCUAAAGCCACUGGAUAUCAGCUGGACCAUGAGUACCUGCCACUUGUAUCAGCUAAGAAAAACAGAGACGUUGUCAGUCAUGUUAAAUACCAUGAAGGUCAUGAAAAAGAUAAGGGUCAUUACAUGGCCAACACUCUGGCUGACUUCCCUGCAGUGGUCCACUCUGGGCAAAUGGAAAAGAUGAAACCUAUGAGAACCUAUCAGAAGGAUUACAAUAUGUCCAAGACUAAGCUUCACAUUCCACAUGACAUGAUCAGCCAUGUGGUAGCCAAGAGAUGCCAAGACAUCCUAAGCGAUGUACUGUACCGCACCUACCUGCACCAGUGGACGUGCCAUCCAGAGCAGAAUGAUGCUAUCCAUGCCCGCAAGGCCAACGAGAUCCUGAGCGAUGUAUUCUAUAAAGAUGACUUAAACUGGAUGAAGGGUAUUGGCUGCUAUGCCUGGGAUACACCAGAGAUUGUGCGUGCCAAGAAGUCUUAUGAGCUCCAGAGUGACAUCAAGUACAAGGCAGAGGGCAAGAAGGAGUUUAAUAACUACUCUAUUGUGACAGACACUCCUGUGUAUGUGACUGCUGUACUGGGCCACACUUGGGCCAGUGAGCUGAAUUAUAGAGAGGCCUACCAUAAGGAGAAGCACUUGUACACGACUGUUUUGGACACUUGUGAUUAUACAAGAUGCCUAAACCUGAAGCAACUGUACAGCACUAAAGCCUAUUCUGCCCUUUGGGAUAGAAUCAAGGCCAAGAGCUAUAGCCUUCCUCAUGAUGCUAAUGCUUUGGUCCAUGCCAAACAGCAGAAGGCCCUCCUGAGCAAUGUGAAAUACAAAGAAGAAUACGAAAAGUUCAAGUCCCUUUACAGCCUUCCUAAGUGUCUGGAGGAUGACCCAUCCACUGCCAGAUGCAUCAAAGCUGGAAAACUCAACUUGGACCGGUUAUACAGGGCAAACUGGGAAAAGACGAAAGCCAAAAUUCAUGUGCCUCCUGAUAUGUUAGAUGUAGUGGCUGCCCGCAACACCCAGAAAAUGAUUAGUGGAGUAGACUACCGUAAAUAUCUACACCAGUGGAUUUGCCUGCCUGACAUGCAGGUCUACGUACAUGCCCGCAAAGUCAACGAGCAGCUGAGUGAUAUCUUUUACAAAGAUGAUAUGAACUGGAUUAAGGGUGUUGGAUGUUAUGCUUGGGAUACUCCUGAAAUUCUGCGUUGCAAACAGGCCAUGAAGCUGCAGAGUAACAACCUUUACAGAGCUAAAGGAAUUGAACAUUUCAAGAACUUCUCUGUGGUAACAGAGACCCCUGUCUAUGAGACGUGCAAGCAGAGCGCCCAGAACCUGAGUGAUCUCAACUAUCGUCAUGACUAUGUCACCAACGUGAGAGGUACGAACACUGCUCCUGCUGUAACUGUAGAGACCGAAAGGGCUCGUUUGGCCAACUACAUCCAGAGUGACCACAUCUACAAAGAGGCAAGCAAGAGUUUUAUGCCCACUGGCUACUCCCUUCCCCACGACACUCCACUUGCCCUGCAAGUCAAGACCAACAACCUCAAUACCAGCAAUGUGAAGUACAAGGAAGCUUAUGAACUUACUAAAGCCAAAAGCUACCAACUGGACCCUGAUGGUGUCAAUUUUGUCAACAUAAGAAAGGCCAAUCAGGUCACCAAUGAACGACUAUACCGUGCUGAGUACCAAAUGAAUAAGGACAAGAUUCACUCCGUGUAUGACACCCCUGAGAUCAAGCAGGUUAAGGCCACCCAGGAGGCCAUUAGUGAUGUUUGCUAUAAAGAAAAGUACUACAACAGCAGAGGGACUCUACUGCCAAUGCCAAUCACGCCGGAGCUGUUGCACUACGCCCAUGUCAAUGAGAUCAACAGUGACUUGAAAUACAAAGAGGAUCUGCACUGGCUGAGAGGCCUUGGUUGCUUUGUGUUUGAUUCUCCUGAGAUGGUCCGCAUCCGAGCAAUCAACAAAUUCAGAACGUCGUACGAUGUGGAUGCCAAGAAGAACUUUGCAAACUUCUCUGUGGUCCUAGACACCCCAGAGUACAAACGAGUAACUGAUCUGAAGACUCACUUAAGUGAUCUGGUGUACAAAGCUGAUGGAAAUGUGCAGAAGACUCAGUGCAGCACUACUGGUGAUGCAAUUGAAUUCAAGAGAGCUAAGUGGGCCCAGACACUUGCUAAUAAGUGGUUGUACACUGACUUGGCCUCCAAAGAAAGAGCCUUUUACACUCCAGAGCUUAAUACCCCCAUCCUGAAACAUGCCAGAUCUAUGAAAGUGGUGUACAGUGAGACCAAGUACAAAGAACAGUAUGAGAAGAUGAAGCACAAGUACACUGCCAUCCAUGACACACCUAUCCUAAUCCGUGCCAAAAAGGCUUACCUUAAUUCCAGUGAUCUUCGCUACAAAGAGACCUAUGAGUUAGCCAAAGGACACUACCACACCACUAAGGAUGCCCGGGAUAUUGUUUGUGCUAAGCGGGUCAGAGAUGAUAUCAGCGAGGUUAAAUACAGGGAGAAAUACAUCAGCUCACUGGGCACAUGGAAGUCCAUCCCAGACCGUCCUGAGUUCUUCCACAGCAAGGUUGUAAGAGACAGCAUCAGUGAUGCCAAAUACAAGGAGGAUCUGGAAUGGAUCAGAGGCAUUGGCUGCUACGUAUGGGACACACCUUUGUUGAAGCAGGCUGAGCAUAACAAAUCACUGUACAGCGAGAGAGUAUACAAGGCAUCAUAUGAGAAGAACAGAGGCAACUUCAAGUACACAUGUGACACACCACACUUUGCAGCUGUUAGACAUGCUUCUGCCCUCUCCAAUAACAGAGCCUACCGCGCAGUCUAUGAGAAGACUAAGGAUAAGUACACCGUAGUUGUAGAUGACCCUAGAAACCUCUUGGCUAAAGAGGCCAGCAAUAGGAGCCAGUGGAAGUACAGGUCACAAUAUGAACGUCUCAAGUCAAAGUUCACAUCAGUGCUGGAGACCCCUGAACACCAGGUCCACAAGCGUAGAAAGCAGAUCAGCGAUAUCAUCUACAAGAUGGAGUACAAUAAGAAUAAGGCUAAAGGCUACACUCUUGGCCAUGACACUCCUCUGAAUCUGCACAUGAAAAAGGUCAAAGACCUCAUCAGUGAUCUAAAAUAUAAGGAAGUGUAUGAGAAAAACAAAGCUCAGAUCAACAUCGCUCCUGAUGCUUUCGACAUACGUGCUGCCAAGGAGGCCUAUAAAAACAUCACCAAUCUUGACUACAAAAAGAAGUAUGAGGCCACCAAGAAUAAGUGGAUUUGGACUGUGGACAGACCCGACUUUGUCCAUGCUGCCAAAGUCAAUUACCAACAGAGUGAUGUUGAAUACAAGUACGACAAGGAAAUGCUGAAAGGUUGUGUGAUGCCUGUUACUGAUGAUAAGUACACAAUUCUAGCCAAGCAGAACACUGAACUCUCCAGUGAUAUCAAAUACAAGAAAAAAUAUGAAGAGGCCAAAGGACACUACCAUGCUGUCCAUGACACGCCUCAGAUCCUCCAUGCUAAAUCAGUAUCUGGUCUGGUUUCUGAGAGUAAAUACAAACUGGCCAGCAAGAAGGCACGCCAGUCUGGCUCUUUCACCACCUUGCCCGAGACCCGUGACACAGCCCACAGCAAACUGGUGACCAAAAUAACAAGUUCUAAUGUGUACAAGGAUAAGUUUGAGAAAGCGAAAGGAAAGUCUGAGUACAACAGUAUGACUGUACCUCCAGAUGUGCAGCAUGCCAUGGAUGUGGCCAAGAGCCAGAGCAAUAUCAAUUAUAAACAAGAAGCUAAGUCCAAACUGCAUUACACACCUGUUGCUGAUCGCCCUGAUAUUCUGAAGGCUAAACAGGCUGCCAAGCUCAUCAGUGAGAUCGGUUAUCGUGACAAGGCUCGUCAGGAGGCCAGCCGUGGAGGAUCACUGGUCAAUCGUCCUGAUAUUAAUUUGGCCACUGAAGUUUCCAAGCUUACCAGCCAGUUGAAAUACAAAGAGAAGUUUGACAAGGAGAUGAAAGGAAAGAGACCAGAGUAUGACCUGAAGAACAGUAAGAUUUAUCAGACUUUGAAGGAUGCCAAUACACUUGCAAGUGAGGUAAAAUAUAAGGGUGACCUAAAAAAGAUCCAUAAGCCUGUGACUGACAUGUCUGAGUCUCUGGCCAUGCAGCACAACCUGAGUACCAGCAAACUGGCUAGUAAUUACCAGUACAAGAAGAAAUUUGAGGAGAGUAGAGGUCACUACCAUUUGAUUCCUGACACUCCUGAGCAGCUUCAUCUCAAAGAGGCUUCAGAGCUACAGAGUAAUGUGAAGUACAAGGAGAAAUAUGAGAAGGAGAGAGGAAAGGCCAUGCUGGACUUUGAGACUCCGACUUACGUGAGCGCCAAAGAAGCACAGCAUAUGCAGAGCCAGAAAGACUAUAAGAAGGACUUUGAGGAAUGCAUGAAAGGCAGGAACCUCUCGGGCCUGGAGGUCACUCCGGCAAUGUUACAUGUCAGACAUGCCACCAAAAUUGCUAGUGAGAAAGAGUAUAGGAAGGAUCUAGAGGAAGGGGUGAAGGGUAAAGGGCUUACAGUGCUAGAGGAAACCCCUGAAUUGCUAAGAGCAAAGAAUGCUACUCAGAUCCUCAAUGAGAGAGAGUAUAAAAAGUCAUUGGAGCAAGAGAUAAAGGGCAAAGGAAUGUUGGCGUUGGCAACUGAUACUCCAGACUUUAUGAGAGCAAGGAAUGCUACAGAUAUCCUCAGCCAGACUAAGUACAAGCACAAUGCUGAGCAGGACAGGGCCAGCUACACCAGCGUGAUCGACACCCCCGACAUCAUCCAUGCUCAGCAGAUCAGGAACAUUGUGAGCCAGAAAAAGUACAAGGAGGAGGCAGAGAAAACCAUGUCUCACUACAAUGCAGUUCUGGACACUCCCGAAAUGCAGAGAGUGCGGGAGAACCAGAAGAACUUCAGCACUCUUCAAUACCAGAUUGACCUUAAAAACAGUAAGGGCAGAGUAACAGCAGUACAGGACACCCCUGAAAUGCUUCGUGUUAAAGAAAAUACAAAGAAUUUCAGCUCGAUUCAUUAUAAGGUGGAUGUGGGAGGAGGAACUGCUAUAGCAGAAACACCUGAGAUGGAGAGAGUUAAACGCAAUCAGCAGGCUAUUAGCACGAUAAAAUACAAGGACCAUCUAGGUCAAGGCAUAUCUAUACCAGAUCUUCCUGAAGUGAAACGUGUGCAGGAGACUCAGAAGAACAUAAGCUCGAUUCAAUACAAGGCGGAUUUAGGAAGUGGAACUGCAGUAUCAGAAACUCCUGAGAUGGAGAGGGUUAAACGCAAUCAGGAAAAUAUUAGCAUGAUAAAGUACAAAGACAUGUUGGGCCGUGGAACAGCUAUAUCCGACCUCCCUGAAGUGAAGCGAGUCCGAGAGACUCAGAAGCACAUCAGUUCGGUGUUGUAUAAAGACGCUUCUGGCAAAGGAACCCCUGUUGUAUUCACGCCAGAGAUGGAGCGGGUCAAACGGAACCAAGAACAUAUUAGCUCGGUUCUGUACUCCGACAGCUUCCGUAAGCAGGUUCAGGGCAAAGCAGCCUUUGUACUUGACACUCCUGAAAUGAGACGUGUGAGGGAGACUCAGCGUAUCAUCUCUGGGGUGCAAUACCACCAGGACUUUGAGAAGAGUAAGGGCAGCUUCACUCCCACCAUCACUGACCUUGUGACCGAGCGUGUAAAGAGAAACACUCAAGACUUCAGUGACAUCAGCUACCGCGGCAUUCAGAGACGUGUGGUGGAAAUGGAGAGGCAACGUGCUAUGGAGCAUGACCAGGAAACCAUCACUGACCUGCGUGUAUGGCGUACAAACCCAGGCUCAGUCUUUGACUAUGAUCCUGCUGAAGAUAAUAUUCAGUCUAGAAGUCUCCACAUGAUGUCAGUUCAAGCUCAGCGCCGUAGUAAGGAGCACUCUCGCUCGACAAGCGCCAUGAGCGGCUUAGGGGAUGAGAAAUCUGAGCCAUCUGAGACUGUGGACCAUCACCAGUCCCACUACAGCAACGGAUUCCUUUCUUCUACCAUCAGCUACCAGCAAGCCAAGGCAGUUGAACUUCAGCAGAGAUCCUCUUCUGUAGUCACCCAGCAGACCACGGUGUCCUCUGUACCCUCACACCCCUCCACCACUGGGAAAACUGUUCGUGCCAUGUAUGACUACAUUGCUGCUGACAGUGACGAAGUGUCCUUCAAAGAUGGAGACGUCAUAGUGAAUGUGCAGUCCAUCGAUGAGGGCUGGAUGUAUGGCACAGUGCAGCGUACUGGAAAGACUGGCAUGCUGCCAGCCAACUACGUGGAGGCAAUCUAAAGACUAGUGGGAAUAUGACAUCCACAGGGCUAAGCAACUCAGGCAUUUAGCUAGUUUAUGUGUAGUUCAUUGUAGGUUAGAUUUAGAAUAGUAUUUUGUUGGUCUGCAUUUACAUUAUGUGCAAUUUUGUUCAUGCCUGUAUCUGCAAAUCUUUAGUGGAUGUGACGUGCAAAACUGACAGAUAUUAGACAGCUGUAUUUAUCUUUUAUGUGCCAAACCCGACUACAUAUAAAAGUAAAUUAAAGCCCAUUAUUUUUAUAUUAAUGACAAAUAAUUGAUUCAGGUGGUUGGAGGAUGGAGAAAAGCUUUUUUGCCUUUUCAAGCCUUGAAUCUUUUACACAAGAGAUGGGCUUAAAAAAGAAAAUCUAAGACUGAUCUAAAAGUGAGACACAAAAGAAGGACAAAAAUAAACUAGUAGACAAUGAGGAGAGACCAACAGGUCCCCACAUACAAAAACGUUCAAGAAACAAGCCUCUUCCCUCCUUUGCUGAUGGCUAGUCACAAGUUGCAUGUGUGUUUUGUUUCUUCCAGUUCCCUAGGUCCAGGGUUCAAGCCAUAUCUUGGCUUAGUAGAUAAUAAAGCACACCUCGCUUCUGCAGUA